AUGAGCAAACGCAAACAAUCGGAAAUUCUUUCCUUCUUCAAAAGUGGCAAUCAAUCUGAUGCAUCACCAAGAAGUAAACCAGUUGAUCCAACUCAAGUGAAAAUACCAUCUCCAUCAUCUUCAUCAUUAUUAGUAAAUAUAAUUGAUGAUGAUGAUGAUGAUCAUGUUGAUGCUGGUGAUGAACAAUCAUUAAAGAAAGUAAAACUUGAUGAAAAUCCAAUUCUAACCAAAUUGAGAGAAUUGGACAAUUUUAAAUCAUUCAACACGACCAAGGAGUUUGAAGAUACUUUUAUUUCGAUAACUGAUUAUUUGUUUAAUAAUACAGAACUUGUGGUUAAGGAUAAGUGUUAUCGAUUGGCUGAGAUUGAGUAUUAUGUUACGAGUAGUAACCAUAAUGAUCCAUUUUCACAUUGUCAUCCACUUCAGUCAACUAGAGCAGAGUGGUAUUUUCAUCAAUCUUUAGCAAAGACCAAUGAUAAUAAUUACAGAGGUGGUAAUUAUAAGGGAAUUGAUUUUUCUAUUGGAAGUGAUAAAUUUAAAGGUGGAAUUUUGAUUAGAAGUUUAUUGAAAUCUGACAGGAAAACAUUGGUUGAGGGACCAUCAAAGUGUGUUGAUGAAAUACUUGGACACUUUGAUUGUAAUGAAAUUCACGAAUUCGUUACACAACACUACAGGGGACAGAAACAUUUCGAUGCAUUGGAUACAUCGAGUGUUUGCUAUUUGAGACCAAUUGACAAACCACACACCGACUCUUUCAUUAAGAGUGCAAGAGUUGGCUUGACUCUCAAACAGAAAACACAGCAGAAAUUGAGAGUGGAGUAUAUUUUCAGACCAUACAGACAUUGCCUAAGACCGAAAGAUAUGAAGAAGGGAAAGCACUUGAUGACCAUUGUAUUGUACAGAGAUUUAAUGAGAUCUGGUGAGAAGAGUGUGAUUAGGAAGGUAGAAGCUGCUACAAAUAGUUCAGGACUGCAAAAAUACUUUACCACCUAUGAGGAAUAUGAUGAGUUGGCUUUUGAAGAUGUGGAGAGCAUUGAUGCUUCCAAAUUGGGAGAUUAUUCCAAAGAUUUAACAGCUCAACAAAUCUAUGAACUUGGAGGAAUGCUGAAACAUAUCUUUUAA